AUGUCCGUCGCCAAGGUAGCCGCUGCCGGUGCAGCCGAAUCGCGGACCGAUGCCGAUGACGAGGACCUGUUGCGGGCUUACCAGCUGGUGCAAGAGGCGAACCAAACCCGGGAUUGGGAAAGGAACCCUACGGUUGUGCGACAUGGUGACCCUAUCAUCCCAGUCCAGCAUCUCCCUUCGUCGCAAUCUCGGAAUAUGAGCGGCAUUAUCCCUAGAAGUGAAUUCAAAUCCCUGCUCAAACUCUCGCUUCAUUUCCAGCUUUAUCUAGCCGGGGAGCCUGUUGCAGACCAGAGCUUGGAUAUGGCAGUCGACAGCGUUCUUGGCGCCUUUUUGCCCGCCGAUGCCGACGAAAGUUCCGACAUCGAAUGGGAUGCGUUUGAAGCAGCGACGAAUGCAAUAGGGCCGAAUCUCUUCCUGAAUAUAGGAUACUUGGGCUCGCCCAUCGAAGAACCCAACGACUUGAAGCCGACUAAUCCUUUCAACGCAAAGGACAUGGCCCUUUGGGUAGAACAGACAUUCCUACCGCCAAAGCACACAAGCUUGCCAACAGGGGCUAUUCUGAACAGCGCCAGCCUGUCUCAGCUUUUGGCAAUUCUUCCUAGGAGCUUUGUAUUUACGCCAACCACCUCGGUUUCCAGCUUCCAAAACGGCGAGUUCAACAUUGGUGUACUCCACCAACACUUGACUUCCGGACAACGCCCAAUCAUCCUCCUGAUAUCAUCGGCGGGGUCUUCGGUACUGGCAGGCGCCGUCUUCCCGGCCGAGGAGUCGGAAAAUCACGAGGGUCUUGUAUGGCAGCUAGUACCGACGCUGAAAGUGGCCAGGUCGCAAGGCGAUGCUAUCCAGACCACACUGGACAGAUCGGCUUCACAAUUGACCGUUUCGAUCGGGGCCUCGCGAAUCUGCUUGUGGGAGGACGGCCGCGCUGAAAUUUGCGGGUUUGGAGGGCUGACGUUGCAAUUUUUGAUCGAGGCCAUGGAAGAACAUCCUCAUCGGCGAACGGACUACGGCCUGGCUGGGAUGGUGGAUUGGGUCGAGGCAGAGCUAGGGGAUUUUCGGCUACUCUCUUCCGCCUCCGUAUACGACCUGCAUUCCACUCGGACUUCAGUCGAGGAAGGCUACGGCAAUGCUGUCGUAGCAGUCUGGGAGGCGAUGGUGCGCUCCGUCGAAGAACUCCAUGAGCCACCUCUACGCGGCUCCCUGUGUGUCUUGUCCCAGUCCGGUCGCCCAUGA